AUUAAUCAACUAUCAAGUGUGUACUAAAUAUGUGGUUGUUAUUAAUUAAUCAGUUAUUAAUCAAUGUCAUGUUGUUUCGACCAAUAGCUGUCGAGGAUCCGUUAGCUGAGCUUUCUGUGGGAGAGCUGAUCGAGAGAGCGAACGUUAAUGUCCGUCGUGACGCUGAUGAACCUGACCUGGUUGAAGGAGACAUCGCUGUGCCUAAGGACACUGAGAGAAACGCUGAUCCCUGCACGUCUAAUGGCUGCAUGUGGCCGAAGUCUACCGACGGAAAAGUCUACGUGCCCUACGUCAUCCUCAACCACUACUCGAGUAAUGAGCUUCAGGUGAUUCAGCGCGGUCUGGACUCCUUCGCCUCCUUUUCCUGCAUCCGCUUCGUACGCCGCUCUAACCAGAGAGACUACGUCAGCAUCGAAUCUCGCAACGGGUGCUACUCGUACGUUGGACGUCGUGGUUACGGACAGACGGUGUCUCUGGCCCGAAGUGGGUGUGUCUACCACAAAACCGUCCAGCACGAGCUUCUUCAUGCCCUGGGCUUCAACCAUGAACAAACCCGCAGUGAUCGUGACACCUACAUCCGUGUGGGCUGGGAGAACAUCCAGUCGGGCAUGGAGCACAACUUCAACAAGAUUGCUACCCUGAACCAGGGAACUGUAUACGACUACAACUCGGUCAUGCAGUACCACAGAACUGCUUUCUCUAAGAACGGCCAGCCCACCAUGAUCCCCAUCCCCAACCCUAACGUGUCUUUCGGACAGGCCACUCAGAUGAGCCAAAACGACAUCACCAGACUCAACAGACUCUACAAAUGCUAGACGGCUGAAGAGAUGUGAUCCUGAUGGCAACUCUAAAAGAACAUAGAUGUCUAAAAUCAAAUAAUAAUAUUAAUAAUAAUAAUAAAAUCUGACUUCGGACCAAAAA